UGGGGAAUACCCACAAGCCCUCGCGGCGCGCGGCGCUGGGCUGGCGGGUGACCCAGCGCCACGGCUCCGAGCCCAGCGAGGUCACCCCGCGCUUCGCGAGACCUUGGCCCGGCGCGGGCGGGGGCGGGGCCGCCGGCCUGCCGCCAAUCAGCGCUGCGCAGGACGCGAGCGCGGGGCCGCACCCCUGCGGGUGCCCGGAGUGCUCCCGUGGGAGGGCGGGGAAUGGCGCCAAGCCGGGGAGGGGCAGAGCGGGUGCCGCCCCGCAGAACCCCGGGGAGGACGUGGAGGGGAGGCUGGAGGUGAGGAGAGGAAACAGGAAAUGCUCUCGGGCGUGGUGGUCAUCUCCAGCAAGGAUUCUGUCCAGCACCAGGGAGUGUCGUUGACAAUGGAAGGAACAGUGAACCUCCAGCUCAGCACCAAAAGCGUGGGCGUGUUCGAGGCCUUCUACAACUCCGUUAAGCCGAUCCAGAUUAUCAACAGCACCAUAGAAAUGGUGAAGCCAGGAAAGUUUCCUAGUGGCAAAACAGAAAUUCCUUUUGAAUUUCCUCUCUACGUGAAGGGUAACAGAGUUCUGCACGAGACCUACCAUGGCGUGUUCGUCAACAUUCAGUACACGCUGCGCUGUGACAUGAGGCGGUCUCUGCUGGCCAAGGACUUGACAAAGACCUGUGAAUUCAUCGUUCACUCUGCUCCUCAGAAGGGGACGUUGACUCCGAGCCCUGUGGACUUUACCGUCACCCCGGAAACCUUACAGAACGUCAAGGAGAGAGCUUUGCUCCCCAAAUUCCUCAUUAGAGGACAUCUCAACUCAACCAACUGUGUUAUCACACAGCCACUGACAGGAGAGCUGGUGGUGGAGCACUCGGAUGCCGCUAUACGAAGCAUAGAGUUGCAGCUAGUCCGUGUGGAGACCUGUGGGUGUGCAGAAGGCUAUGCGCGCGAUGCCACAGAGAUCCAGAACAUUCAGAUCGCCGACGGGGACGUCUGCAGGGGCCUCUCCAUCCCUAUACACAUGGUCUUCCCCAGGCUCUUCACCUGCCCCACGCUAGAGACCACCAACUUCAAAGUGGAGUUCGAGGUGAAUGUCGUCGUGCUGCUCCACGCUGACCACCUCAUCACCGAGAACUUCCCGCUGAAGCUCUGCCGGACGUAGCCAGGAGCAGGGACGGGGGGCGACCAGGCGGCAGGCCAGCUGCUUCCCUGACUGUGGGUGGAACCGCGCUGGCAGCCCCGUGUCUUGUGCUCUGCAUCAGAACCGAGUCAUCUGCUGGAGGCGGUCCCUCCCCCCGGUCCUCGGUGCUUCUGCGCAGGCGCGGCGCUCAGGCCCUGCGCGGCCCCGGGAUCCCUUCACCUGAGUCAUUCAGGAACCUGCUCCCCUCCUGCUCACUGUCAGUUCCAGUAAAGCAGUUGUGCCUGCAGGUUGCUGGAAGGCGAGACCAUGGGUACAGAGGGAGCCCUCCUAACCUGUUGGAGGACAUAGCCAGGGGCUCCUGACAGUGGAGGAUCUGCAGCCAGGUGACAUCCGGGACGGCUACCAGCUUCCCGCUGCUUAUGAGUUCGUGGACACCCUCCCAGGAGGAGUGGCCGGUGGUGCCGCUGGACACCUGUAGCCGCCCCAGCCCAUUCUGUAGUUUUUUGUGACAUUUCUCCACAAAUUUCAGAAGCUUUGGGAAACUGGGGACACACAUUCCUUGCUCUCACAGGAGUGAGAGGACCUGGUAGCGCUGGUUGGAGCUGGGGUCCAAGACUGGCGUGACUCCCCUGCUGCCACAUUCCCAGAGCAAAGUGCAGGGGGGUGUGAGGGGACUGCAGUGUGCCGCUCUGGUAUGGCGAGUUCCGGAUGACGAGAGACCCCGGGGGCAGUGAGGGCCCCGCCACAAGGCAGUGCCAGGAAGACACCUUGAGUUGAUGAAGCGGCCAAGGGCCCUGUGCAGAGCCAAGCGUCUUGACCUGAAGCCAGUUUUUGCCUCAGCCUCGAAUGGUGGUUCACUGUGAGCCCUGAGUCCACCGCAAUAAAUUUCUUUCUUCUUUCU